AUGAACUUUGACUUGCCCAUCGAAUUAAAAUCCCACAUCGAUUCUCUAGACUCAUUCAUCAAUGCUAAAAUCCUUCCUCUCCAAUACUCGGACGACAACAACCGAUUCUUUGAUCACAGAAGGGAGCACUCACGAACAGACUGGGAGAAUAAUGGCAAUCCACGCUCCGAGUGGGAAGAAUUACUAAAGAAAGCCCGUAAUCUUAGCGACGAAGCAGGCUUUUACCGAUUUGCACUUCCAAAAGAGUAUGGCGGCAACGAACACCCCGAUACGAAUGUCUGGAUGGCCGCAAUCCGUUACCACCUGUCUUCCCAUCCGGUAUACGGAGGUGGUUUAGGCCUUGCAAACGAUCUUCAAAAUGAGCACAGCAUUGUGGGCAAUUUCCCCGACAUAUACAUGAUCCACCACUUUGGCAGUGAGGAACAGCGUCGCACACUCAUCCCCGCUCGUCUUCGUGGAGAGUUCCGAUCAACUUUUGGACUGACAGAGCCUGAUCAUGGGAGUGAUGCCACGUUCAUGUCCACUGUAGCUCGUCGUGUUCAUGAAGGCUUCGAAAUUACCGGUAUGAAGAAGUGGCAGACUGGGGCACAUCAUUGCACACAUCUUAUUUGCUUUGCCCGGACUUCUGGCGUGGACGGAUCUGCAAAGGGUAUCACUGCCUUUUUGGUUCCGCGUGAUUCUCCGGGAGUUCGAGUUGUUAGUUAUGAAUGGAUAAUGAAUAUGCCUACUGAUCAUGCUACGGUUGAGCUGGAUCAUGUGUGGGUACCUGAAAGUGCCAUAUUGGGUUCUCUUGACAAUGGACUCGCUAUUGCGCAAACAUUCGUCCAAGAGAAUCGAGUGAGACAGGCUGCUAGUGCGUGUGGUUCCGCUCACUUUUGUCUGGACAAGAGUAUACUCCGUGCCCGUGAGCGCAAGAUUUGGGGAGAAGGGAAAAUGCUAGCAGAUAACCAGGCGAUUCAGUUUCCAGUUGUGGAACUUAUGACACAAGUUGAGAUGCUACGUUUGUUGAUCUUGAAAACAAGCUGGGAGAUGGAUCGGAUUGUUGCGGCAAAUCGGUCAUCAGGUAAUAAAGUGCCACCUUGGGUUGAGAUCGAGAGGAAGCUCAGCGAUCAAGUGUCGAUGUGUAAUUUCUGGGCAAACCGACUGUGUUGCCAGGCUGCAGAUCGAGCGAUACAGAUUCAUGGUGGUGACGGGUACUCUCGUCACUAUCCCUUUGAGCAUAUUUAUCGCCACUUCCGACGAUAUCGCAUCACCGAAGGAGCAGAGGAAAUCCAAAUGCGGAAGAUUGCAGCGUAUCUUUUUGGAUUUGCAGGACCAAAGAAGAAAGAGCUGGAAGAACAAGACAAGGUCAAGGCUAAGGCGAAGAUUUGA